AGAUCGAGAUAAGGUGACCCUGUGCGACCAAGAGAUGGGAAUGGGAUACUGCAUUCCAGGAACCUUAACAACAUCUCUACCUGCUUCAAAUUCAACACACACCAAAUCACUCAGCUUCUGUAGAUACACUCUUUCUGCUUCCAUUCAGAAAAACAAUAUCCCACUGAUAGGAAAAAAGGCAGGAAGAAGGCUGAUACGAAUCUCGACAGCAGAAGGAAAAUGGCAAGGAAGCUGGAAUGCUGACUAUAGCUUCUCACUUAGAGACCUACAAUUGGAAGAUUUAGUUGAAGAUGGUGAUCCUAAUAACACACGAGUAUUCGUGUCUCUAUCUAUUGAAAGGCAUGCAGGCUUUGGGCUUUCGGUUGAUGGGGCAAUUGACACAUCAUUCACCCGAAAGUGUAGCAAUUGCUCUUUGCCUUAUUGCAGACAGAUUUCCACCAACUUCAACGUCUGGGUUCUUUCAACUACCAAAGAUGGUGACUCAAAUCAGCUGCCUGAAAUCGGCGGCGACGAUCCAUCAGUCAUCUAUGUUAAGCCAGGAUGUGAAGCAGAUUUGGACUCGUUGAUACAGGACACAAUUAGGCUGACCACUUCCGUGAAUGAAAUCUGCUCAGAUUUUUGUGACAAAUCAGAACAUGGGUUGAAAAAUAUAAGCAAGACAAAGGCUCCAACUAUCGAUAAGAGGUGGUCCAAGUUACUAGAGCUAAAGAAGUUAUAUCAAUAAACAAAAUAUGUUCAGCAGAUCUAUGUGGAGUCCUGAAAACCGAUAAGAGCAUGGCUGCAAGUUUCAAGUGCAAAAGAAAACAUUAAUUUUUCCUUUCUGAGCUGCAAUGUUGUCACUUGUAUAUAUCCCCUUUCAUCUUGUUCGAUGUAUAUAUAUGACAUAUGCACAAAAUAAUCCAUACAAUAAAUACUUUGGUAUCCGCUAGUCA